UCUUUUCCUCUGUAGGUACGAUUGUUUUGAUUGCAACUGCGCGAGCGGCCGUGGUUGGAGACUCUACAAGCGUUACAAGGUGUGCCAUGUGUCGACUUUUCGCCCUUAAUUUUCCGUUCCCAGCUGCGGCACACCAGGGAAAAAGAAAGGGUGUCGACCUUCGCGGUUUCUGCGUUUUUGAAUUCUGAAAGCCGAAAACCUGAAGGCCUUCUGGUUCGCCAACGUAAUCAUGGGUAUUUAAGAGCAGGCAUGGACGGAGUUCGCCUCUCUCUUAGUGCUGUCUUCAGCUUGCUAGAGCGCUCAUGUCCUGGGAACGACGCCGGUACGGUCUCUUCAGCAGGUGACCAUAAACGAGAACUGCGGAACACAUGGAGGAUAUCCACAAGGCAGUACCAUGUCCAGUAGCUGUUUUGCUUGGUGUCUUCUCAUCCUGUGGUCUUUCUAAAGCAAUCAUACAAAAGCCUCCUUCCUUAGAGAGGACGACCGCUUUGAGCCGAAGCCGACGAGAGGAUCCAAGUGAACAAAUGUGAAGUUCGCCCGUCCCUCGGUGUUCGGUUUUGCCUGUCGUGAUAUUUUCAUUUUCAGCAAUCUUUGGAGAUUUUCUCCUCCACAUUCUUGACAGGUGCAGCUUUCCUUCAAGUGUGCGGAGACGCUCUGGAACAGACCUGUAUCCGCGUCUCCGCCUACUGUCGUUGCCGCUCUCGUUUUUUUUUCUCAUCAUCGCAGCUUAUCUCUAAGCCGUUUUCGAUAACACGUAAACUCCCGAAGUGGAUCGAAUUCAAAUAGUAACUCUGAUGCACAAGCGACGAACUAUUCAAAAGCACAGGCCAUGUCGCCGGCGGGAAUCUCCCAGCUCUGCCUGCAUUUCAGGGGAUAAGUUGUUGAAUCAGCUGUCGGGUAAUCCAAGCGUUCGGUUGCUUUGUUUUCUACAAUAUAUACCAUCUGCGCUCUGAUAAAACAGUAGAAUUUGGAUCCGGCAACAAAGACCUCGGACUGUCAGUUAAGGAAAUUCACGACCGUAGGUGUUGCGUCUGUCUUUGUUCUGUGCAGGCAGGCGUCUCUCUGCAUUGCCUGAAAAGUCUUAGUCGCCUGCGAAGAGACUCAUUUUCAGCUACAUGUCUGUCACCCCUAACUGGAUUCAUCUUUUUCUAACCGGCUAGGCUGUUGUAGCAUGCAACAGUUCAAAUCCCAUUUUGCUGCUACUUGCGGGGAGGCACUGUGCUCGCCUCUCUCAGGCAUGUGAGGUAAAUGAACGACCUGAGAAGAUCGGAAAACGAGUUUUCCUGCAACAUUUUCCGCUCGCCGCUUUAUUUGCAACCUCCUACCACGCCCCUCCCCUUUUGCCGAAGAUUACGAACCUCUUUCUCUUGACUUCCUGCUUACCUGUGUCGUCAAGCCCGUUAUCCCCACGGGAGGUUACCCUCAGCAGAAGCGGCACGCCGCCCUCUCGUUUCGGCUCUCGCCCCUGUUCCUCUGCCACGUUUCCUCCAACAUGUGGGCGGAGGUCGGACAAUUCCUGCUGGUCGUUGUGGCGCCGCCUGUCCUGGGACUCUACUUCAUCCACUCACUUUUUUUCCCCACCGUCUGGCGAACAGACCGCGCGAAGCCUUACCGGCGAACGGGCGUUCUGCCUGCUCAGGAGCAACUCCCGCUGCUGGUUCGAGUUCGCUCCUACGUGGCCACGCGCAUUCUGUCCUCGCUCCUCCUCACUUGCGUCUUCAUGAAUCUCUUCUGUCUCCUCCACCUGCGAACCGUAGCCUGGUGGUACAUUCCCUACGCAGUCUGGUGCAUUGCCUUCGCGGAGAAGCUCGGAAAACCCCUGGGGUACCCCUCCAAAUGGAUGCGCACGUCGCGCUUUUGGAAUUGGGUGGCCGAGUACUUUCCCUUUACGCUGCUGAAGGAGAACUCUGCGACACAGUUCCCCACAGAUAAAAACUACCUUUUCGGUUUCCAUCCGCACGGGGUCUUGGGAUUCUCCUGCUGCGGGCAGUUCGCGGGUAUGCCCCCAAGGCCAGAGAAUAACCUCGCUGCCCUUCUUCCUGGUCUGGACUUCCGAGUGACGACUCUCGAGGUCAACAUGCGCACGCCCUUCUUCCGACACAUUCUCCAGUUUCUCGGAUUUAUUUCAUGCAGCAAGGGAACCAUCCGUAGAGUCCUCGAAAGCAAGGACAAAGGGAAGGCAGUCGUUCUUCUGGUCGGCGGCGGCCGCGAGGCGCUUAUGGCAGAAGAGGGAAAAAAUGACCUCGUUCUAAAAAAACGGAAAGGCUUUUUUGAGUUAGCCCUCAGGACAGGUGCCUCCGUGGUUCCGGUGUACGCCCUUGGCGAGAACGAUUUGUACACCGUGCUCAAGUCACCCCUGGCUACGCUGCUCAGUGAGCAAACCAUGCGCAUCUUCGGCUUUUCCUGCCCGCUCUUCUUCGGUCGCGGCGCGUUCCAAAUGUUUCUUCCUUUGCGAGUGCCGACAUUCACCAUGAUAGGCGAUCCGAUUGAGUGCAAACAAACGGAAAACCCCACUGAGGAAGACAUUGUUCAGCUGAGGCAGCAGUACUGCGAGGCACUCAGGCGAGUCUUCAACAAAGUGAAAGAUGCCUACCGUCCUAAGCGAGAGUUUCAGUACCUUCGCAUUGUGGAGUGAAACGCCAGCUGGUUUUGCGAUGGCAGAGCAGUAACCAAGGGAAAUCGCGCUGUAGGCGACCCGAAGAACCAUGGCUUUUCUCGUAUGACAAAUUGUAAGACGAUUGCGCCGCUGGUGACAUGCCGUCAUUUCCAUUGAUUGCAGGCAAAUGUAGCUCGGAACACUUGUCAGCAGUUUGCGUCACUGUUGCGGCGCUAACAGAGACAAAACGGGAAAAAAACACAUGUGGCUGAAGCAUCGUGGGUCGAGGGUGUUUAAACCGUUAAACCGAAACUUAUCAAGUUGUACAGCCAGUGUAGCAAGUAAAUCUAAACUCUCCACGUCGUGCAAGACUGGAAACCCAGCACGCUUUUUUUGCGAGAGGGUUUAGGGGUCAGAGAAAGCCAGGGCGUCGAAACGAUACAGAGAGAGGCGACCCCGGCGGCGCUGUUUCUUCCACUUUUUUGUUUGUUUGCUUUUGGGACGUGUACGUCCGAGGGGGGCUGUCUCCGUCAGAAAAAGUUUAACCAGCUCCCUUCUAAAUCGGAAAACUGUCGAGGGCAUAUCCCCCGCGCACAGCGCUUGAAAAAGAGGAAAUUCACAGUGUCGCGGUCUCUACGUAACACUCCUUUCCGUGCGUUGAUCUUGAGACACCGUGGCAAAACGGUGCGUUUAUCAUAUGUGUAUGUUUGUCUUUAUUCAAAAGCAACGGCUAUACUGUUCGCGUGUGGCAAGGGUCGUUGUGUGCAAGGCCGAAGCGUUCGCCUACAUCUUCUCUGAGAGACGUACAGUUUUUUUUGCCGUAGAAAGCACGCGUUAAAUGCAAGCCGACUCAUUCGACACACACGGGCGCACACAGAGGCUCAUUGGCCUCUUUCCGUAUUUGCAGUGGUUGCGUUCUUCAGUGCCGCCUGUCCCAUACUGCAUCUGAACCCGGUGAGAUGUGCCUGUGCAGGCAGCGCUCUCUAUAUGUGUAAAAAGCCGAUAAUGAAACUUGUAGCGAAGAAACUCGUACAUCAGUGUUCUGUCCAUGGAAAACCCCAAGCGUCGCCGCAGCCACCCUAGGACUACAGACAUAACUGUGUCUUUGUGCAAGGGAAGUGUUUUCUGUGGCGGCUGCUGCUUGUCUCCGCAAAUGAGGGGAAUAGCCAUGAAGGCUUUCACUAAAGGAUUUAUGCCGUCCACUCAUGUUUCUCGGGAUAAUUAUCAAACUUCGGUUGUUCUGACGUGCCUUCUCGGCCGUCGAUGUGGCCGUGCAGAGCGGUUUACAGGAACAAGGCUCAUCAACUCAAGGCUUCCCUUUGCCGUUUCAAUUUUCCAGUUUGCCCUUUCUCCCCAUUUCGCUUUCUCUCGUUUUGAAGCGUUCCUGUACGCUUCUCUCCACGCCUCGUUUUUUCUGUAGCCGCGUGUGCCUCGUAUGUACGCCAAACAGAAUUCCUUCAUUCAGCCGUCCGUGCUUUUGUUUUCAUGGAUCGCGGUGCCUUUUCUUUAUCGUUGUACUCACACGUGAGCCCGCGACGUCCGAAUCAAGCGAACCAGCCACUAUUUCGCCGAGUCGAUACGAACAACACCAGCGUGCUUCCCC